GUCUGCUUGAGCUGGGCAUGGUUUCUGGUGGUUUCUGGUCGACCAACUUGCGCAAUUUACGUUGAAUAGGUAUAACAUUGUCUAUUUUGUAAUUUUUGUGUUAGAAUUUUUUCUUACUUGAACUUUGCUAACAGUCAGCAGCAAUGUCAGAACGUAGGAAACCCAAAUUGAUCGUCUUUGAUCUAGAUUAUACUCUUUGGCCGUUUUGGGUUGAUACACAUGUCACACCACCCUUCACCAAGAAAAGUGGAAAAAUCUAUGAUAAACAGAAUCAUGAAAUCAAGCCUUACCCAGAAGUGUCAAAGGUUCUCUCUGAUUUGCACUCCAAAGGUUAUGAACUAGCUAUUGCCUCUCGAACAAGCGAAAUUCAAGGUGCCAACCAGCUGGUCAAACUUUUAGAUUGGGAUAAGUACUUCAAAUACAAAGAAAUCUACCCUGGCUGUAAAGUGAAACAUUUUUCAAAAUUUUGCCAAGCGUCUGGUUUGAAACAUGAAGAUAUGCUGUUCUUUGAUGAUGAGACUAGAAACAUACGUGAUCUGUCAGAGAAAGGAGUGACAUGUAUCCUUGUUCCAGGAGAGGGUGUUUCUGAAAAGUUAGUUGACCAUGGCCUUGAGCAAUUUUCCCAAAAGUGAAAUAGAUACUUCUUUUAUGUGUAAGGGUGGAACUCCAAUGGAGCAAUCUACGCCACCAUCAUCCGUCACCCACCCCAUGCGAUUUCGUGUAUUUACAUGUACAACUUGGGUUGCAGUUGGGUUGUAGUAAGCAAGUAAUGUGUGACAGAUGAUGAGUGAGGGGCAGUGUAGAUGAGCACCUUACCCCAUUCGGCGGAACCAUAACAAAGCAGAAGCCUCCAGUAGAAAAAAAUAUCUCAAACGCCCUUUUUUUGAUGUUAUUUUUGAUGAAACUUGUGUGGUUGGGUGCUAUUUUUUCACACCGAAGACGAUAGGACUAUUCAUUUUAACCAAAACGCACGAGAAAUUUUGCAUGUUAUGGUUCCCGCUACGCGCUGCCACAGCGCCGCCACCGCACCACCGAAUGGGGUAAGGUGCUCAUUGCUGCAUUGGAGUUUCACCGUAACUGUCUUUUGUGGCAGUGAUUAUUUGAGAAUGUACACAUUCCAUACUGAGUUUAUGGCAUAGGACAGGGACUGUAUUUAAAGACUAACUUUGAAUCUUGAGAAAGGAGGAAGACACGACAUCCAUUUUCCAUUUAAUGAAAUGUUUGUGUUAACUGUACUUUUUGUAAAUUUACAUAUUAUUCAACAUUAAACUAGCUUUGACGCCUCA